AUGCAUCACUCUCAAAACUUGACGGAUUCUUUAUCCUCUUCGUCAUUAACACUAUCAUCUUCAUUAGUAUCUAGUAAUGCACCAUCAUCAUCUUCCAACAAGUUCAUAUCGUUUGGUGAACAGGAUAUCCAUAAUGGAUGUAUUUUAAAAGUUAGUCUAAAUUCGGAAUCUAGUAGUAGUGGUAGCAACUUGGAUUCAUAUUAUUAUGAACAAUGUAGUGAACAUUUAAAACAGGGAGGAUUGGUUGCCUUUCCGACUGAAACAGUUUAUGGUCUCGGAGCCAAUGCUCUCGAUGAGAAGGCUGUUUAUUCCAUUUUCAAAGCAAAGAAGAGACCUCUCACCGAUCCUGUCAUUGUUCACGUAUUGAAUGUACAAGAAGCUAAAAAGUAUAUUGUGAUUGAAGAGAAUUCUCUAUAUAUGAAAUUUUAUGAUUAUUUGGCUGAGUGUUUUUGGCCUGGUCCUCUGACGAUUGUCAGCAAAUCCAACGAGAAUAUAAUUCCCGAUUGUGUUACGGCAUCGACAGGAUAUGUGGGAUUGAGAGUUCCAGCUCAUCCUGUGGUUCGUAAAUUGUUGGAACAUUGCAAGUUACCAAUUAGCGCACCAUCUGCCAACAGAUUUGGACAUGUCUCUCCAACCACUGCUUCCCAUGUCAUGGAAGAUUUAGGUUGCUACAAGAAGGAAGAAAUUGAUGGUGAAAAUGUUUUUAGAAUUUUAAUUUUAGAGAGCUCGGAACAAGAUGGCAAACAUUCGGAAUGCAGUGUUGGAAUUGAGAGCACUGUCGUGAAAAUAACUGCUGCAGAGCAACCAAAUGUUUUAAAACUUGAAGUACUUCGAAGGGGAGGUAUUUCAGUGGAACAACUUCGAAAGUGUGCUCAAGUUUUUGUCGAAAGAGAAUCCAAAGACUCAUACAAGCCAGAAAUUCUAAUUGAAACACGUCAAAAAACAUAUAGUGUCAAGAUGAAUGAUACAACAGCUCAAAUUGCUCCUGGACAGUUAAUUACACACUAUGCACCUUAUGUUCCUGCUUACAUUUUGGAGAAUGUGGUCACACGGACAGAAUCAUCACACUCUCUGAAAGAAAAUCACACACUCGUUCCAAUUCAAGAAACUAUUAUUGUCGAUUUCGGAGGGAAAUUACAACAUUUAAGCCACAUCUGUCUCGUAUAUAAGGAUUUAUCUAAGGAUGGUGAUAUUCACGUCGCUCGUAAGAAUGUUUUUCAAGUAUUGAGAGAAUGUGAAAAGAUUGAAAGCGCUCAAGCAAUUUUACUUCCAAAUUUGUUGCAUGUUGACAUUGAACAUGCCGAUUCUCUUUUUGAUCGACUUUUUAGAGCUGCCAGUGGAACCUUUGCAUGUCUCAUCGAAGAGGAGUCAGGAAAAUAUUCAUUGGAAAUACCGAGUCGAUCCGAUGCUGCCACUCACCCCUCUCAUUAA